AACCGAAUCUUACAUUAAAUCGCCAUUGGGUUUGAUCUUGAAUCUUGAAAAACAAGAAACUAUGGUAACUCCACAACGGUAAACUUUGCUAUAACUAGCUGAAAAUAUAAUGUGUUGGACGGAAAGCUUUGGCGGUCCUCUAAUAGGAUGGAUUCUUGUUUAUGGGCAGCGAGAAAGAAGUCCAAAGUGAAGAGAUCUUGUCUGUAUCAUUUACACAAGCACGCCCAUUUGCAGAAGAAAAACAGGGAAUAGAGGCGAUCUCUUCAAUCCAAGCUGAGUUGGAACACCCAACUCAAGAAAUAUGUAGCCCUCAAGAUAACAAGGAACAAAGAUAGUUAUAGAUUAGAAUCUAUAGUCCUUAAAGUAAUAGCACAGGCUGAUCCAGAGGACAAAGAAUGUGUGGUUAAAUUGCUCGAUGAUUUCACAAACAGUUUGGUUUGGGUAAUACUGUUCGAGUCCCAAUAAAGAUUGAAGACGAAGAUGGAUGGAGAAUUGGAUUCAGUUGGUAGCAAUAAAAAUAAUUCACGUAAGGGGAGACGUUUGCCUAAAAAAUUUACUUGUAGAUUUUGUAACAGGUUAUUUUCUACAUCACAUGCUCGUAAUGGUCAUCUGCAAAUCCAUCGGCGAGAGAGAGAUAAUGAGAACAAGGCAAAUGAUCUUCUGGAACAGAAAGGUGGAAGCGGUUCUUGGAUGAUGAAUGGAGAUGUAGCAGCUCAAAAUAAUGCAUCCAUCCCGGAAGGAGUGCAGACACAUGUUGAGCUAUCUAGUCCACCACAAGUCCAGACAUGGCCUCAAGCUGGCAGUCCAUCUUCACUCUCAGCAUAAUCAAACCAGAAUGUAGGAGGAGGAAUUUCAGGAGUUGAACCAUCUUCAGAAUCUGAGCAACAGAAACAGUUUCAGAGUGUGGAUCCUCCUCAUCAACCAAGGCAAGAGAUGGUGAAGACUACGAAUGGGCAGAAGGAAAAGAAAUUUUCAGAGACUUUAGAGCCAUGGCGGCAAAUGAAAAGAAGAAGAAAACUUCGCAAGGGUUAUAGAAGAGGGUGGAUGGGAGGGCCUGAAAAUGGGCAGUACAAUUACAGAGGUGUUAGGCAGAGGACGUGGGGUAAAUGGGUGGCUGAAAUCAAGGAGCCCAAUGGAGGAAAGCGCCUGUGGCUUGGCACCUAUGAAACGCCCCAGGAGGCCGCUCUUGCAUAUGACCGUGCGGCUCUAAACAUUUAUGGGUCUUCUGCCUACCUUAAUUAUCCUCCUUCUUCUCCUUCUCCUCCUCCUCAGCUACAAAGUAUCAAUACAUGUACUGAUAUGAAUCCUGUUAGAGAGCAGUGUUCCAGCUCUCGUGAGCUGCAUGACAGUGAUAUAAAACUAGAAGGGUUUUAUGAGGAUAUUCUGCGACACCCUCUAGCAGAUAUAUAGUCUUCUGGAUGCAUUGCCACAGGUGAUUUCUUGUUUAAUCCUCAGGGGGAGAACAAUCAAGACAGGGCUGUAAAUCACUUGGGCUUAAUGAUUGAACUCCUUGGUGUGACGCCCAAGAGAGUUGCUCUGGGUUGCAGGCAUUCUAAGAUUUCUUCGACAAUAAAGGUCAUCUAAAAGGAUAUAGGAAGGUACAAUUUCGGUCAUUGAUCUAUGUGCAUAGAGAUAAAUUUGGGUUUGCCUGAAAAGGAUGCAGAUGAUUUGAGGGUUUUCUUGUUCCUCUCUUAAGAUCAUCCGUUUGAGUUGGUUGAUUCCACAAUUGUCAUCUUUUAUCCUUAAGAAUUUCUACUGUUUGCUUAUUUUAGUUAAGAUAUAAAACAAUCAUCAAUAGUGGUUAAUAUUUGGUAGAAUCCCUAAGAGCACUGAUUUGAAUCUA